UAGAAGUUUUAAGGAGGGAGUUUUAGCGGUAGUCUAUAUAGAUAUAAGUGUAUACACUUAUGUGAUAUUGAUAAUUAUUAUAAAAACAGAUGAAUAAUAAUUGUAGUAAUUCAUAUCUAGUAACACUCAAAAAUGAAAGAUGUUAUAGAUGUUUUGGCAAUGCAGCGUGAAAAGAGGAAUACUUUACAAAAAAGUAUUACCAUUGAUUACACAGCUGCUAAUGAUAGUUUUACUGUAUCAAGGUUUAUAUUUGAAUGUGGCAUCAAGUUAGAUGCACAUCCCUUAACGAUUGCCACUGCUGCUGUCUUAUUUCAUAGAUUUGUCAGAGAAGCAACACCUCAAGGCUAUGACUUAUAUUUAAUUGCGGCAACUUGCUUGUAUCUUGCCGGUAAAAUAAAAGAUGAUGUUUUAAAAAUCAGAGAUGUCAUGAAUGUUGCAUCAAAUACACUUCAUAGAGGAUCUCAACCUUUAGAGCUUGGUGAUCAGUAUUGGAGUUUUCGUGAUGCUAUAGUCCAAGCGGAACUUUUAAUUAUGAGAAUGCUUAAAUUCCAAGUGGUUUUUGUUCAUCCUCAUAAGUAUUUACUUCAUUAUUUACGGUCAUUACAAGCUUGGUUUGGGGAAGAAGAAUGGUCUAAAUAUCCAGUAGCAAAGACAAGCUUAGCAUUACUACAAGAUUUUCAUCAUACACCAAUGAUUUUAGACUACCCACCGAACUUUAUUGCUAUAGCUUGUAUCAAUUUAGCUCUACAAAUAUAUGGUGUUGUUGUACCAUUGAUGGAUGAAUGUGAUCAGCUUCCAUGGUUUAAUGUAUUCUGCAGAGAACUUACAAGAGAAAAGCUUUGGGAGAUAAUGGAGAAAAUUAUGGUGGCAUAUGAUCCUGAACCAGAAACUCGAGACAAUUGUUAAGUUGUUAAAUGCAUCAUUAUUAUAUGCUAAUAUUUACCAUUACCACAUUCAAAGGAACUUUAGUCAUUAAUAUUUUUAAUUAAAUUAACAGUUUGUAAUAUCACAUUGACAAUAUUGCUGAAAUAUACUUUCAUAAAUUUUUAUAAAGAAUAUUUUCUUCAAGUUUUUACAGGUCAAUAACACACAAUACAUUCUCGAACAUAAAAACAGUUUUUCAAUGUAUAUUUUUUAUUUUUCAUAAAAGAUCAAGUUUUUGCAGUAU